AUGCGGAUAGGGUUUGGGGUAAGAUGGAGGGGAUGGAUCAAGUUAUGCAUUUCCUCAGUCAGAUUCUCUGUCCCGGUUAAUGGUAGCACGUGUGGUUUCUUUGGCAGCUCCAGGGGUCUCAGGCAAGGUGACCCCCUAUCCCCCAUGCUAUUCGUUCUAGUGAUGGAUGCUCCGAGUAAAAUGAUGGAUCGUGCGGCGGGCGGAGGCUUCUUGAGAGGAUUCUCAACUCCGAUCUGGGUGCUUAGUGCCGGAAGAGUCUCUCAUUUGCUAUUUGCGGAUGACACCCCAAAUUUUUGUGAUGCCGAUAUGGAUCAGUUGACCUACCUGAAGCAGGUCCUAUGUAAGGUGGGCUCUCUUCCCGCUACUUACCUGGAUCUCCCAUUGGGCGCUUUGCAUAAGGAUACUACGGUAUGGAAUCCAGUGAUCCAAAGAGUUGAAAAAAGAUUAGCAGGCCGGCAGAAACGGUACUUGUCAAAAGGCGGUAAGGAAGUGCUUAUUAAAAGCACUUUAUCGAGUAUGCCCACCUAUUACUUGUCCCUGUUGCAAGCUUCUGCGAGCAUCACAGAAACACUGGAGCGGCUUCAAAGGAAUUUUCUUUGGGAUGCGGCGGAUGGAACUAGGAAGUUUCAUCUAGUGAAUUGGCAGACUGUCACUUCCCCAAAGAAGUGGGGUGGACUUGGAGUAAAAGAUCUUAGGGGUGGGAGAUGGAAAGAGAAUCAGCUUUUGGAAUCACAGGUGGUGUGGAGAGGAUACUUUGAGGGUCUCUUUCCCCCACGUCUUCAGAGUUUCAAAUCAGAAGGAAUUGAUAGUCCAGCAUAUUCGGAAGGAGCAUGA